CCAAAAUUCUAAUGCCCUUUUAGAGAUCAUUUUUUUUUGUCUGUCUUUGUACUGUGUGUUGAUGAGAGAUGGAGUUGAUAAACUCAUUCCUGAACCUGGUGGUGCCGCCGGCGAGCUUGGUGCUGCUGGCUUUCUCAUGGCCGGCAUUGUCCUUCAUCAACGCCUGCGAGUGGAUUUACAGCUCCCUCAACUCCGAAGUCAUGCUCGAUAAAGUCGUCAUCAUCACCGGAGCCUCCUCCGGCAUUGGAGAGCAAAUAGCGUACGAGUACGCGAAGAGGGGGGCGAAUCUGAUGCUGGUGGCGAGGAGGGAGAACAGGCUGAGAGUGAUAAGCGAGAACGCGAGGCUGAUGGGAGCCAAGAGAGUUUUGGUUAUGGCGGCGGAUGUUGUUAAGGAAGAUGAUUGUCGAAGAUUUGUUUCUGAGGCUGUUAAUUUCUUUGGACGUGUGGAUCAUCUAGUAAAUACUGCAAGUCUGGGACAUACAUUCUACUUCGACGAAGUUACCGACACAUCUAUAUUUCCCCACUUGAUGGACAUAAACUUUUGGGGAAAUGUUUAUCCAACAUUGGUGGCUCUUCCAUACCUGCGUCAAACCAAUGGUCGAGUCAUCGUUAAUGCAUCGGUUGAGACCUGGUUACCCCUGCCACGAAUGAGUCUGUAUUCUGCAGCAAAAGCGGCACUGGUGAAUUUCUAUGAGACAUUGAGAUUUGAAGUGAGAGAUGAUGUUGGGAUAACAAUUGCUACACAUGGUUGGAUUGGGAGUGAAAUGACCAGAGGCAAGUUCAUGGUAGAAGAAGGUGCAGAAAUGCAAUGGAAGGAAGAGAGAGAGGUGCAGGCAAGCGGAAGUGCGGUUGAGGAGUUUGCAAGGCUGAUCGUGUCGGGGGCAUGUCGGGGCAGUUUAUACGUGAAGUAUCCGAGCUGGUAUGACAUAUUCCUGCUAUACAGGAUGUUUGCACCCAGCGUCCUGAACUGGACAUUCAGGAUGCUGCUUUCCUCCAACGGUACGAGGAGGACCUCCCUUGUCGGGACAGGAAUGCCGGUUUAUGAAGGUGGUGGGAGGCCUCUUUUGGGGAGCACAUCUCCGACAAGAAGACUAUUUCUCCUUCCCGCUAAUUCCCCACAAAGCCUACAGACCCAGAAGAUGGAAUGAAAACCUCUGUUGCAGAGAGAAUCACAAGUGGUUGUUUCUGAUUUUCCUAUAACUAUAAGAUCUUGUAUAUAAACGUUUUGCUCUUUCGAUUUGAUCUCAUUACUCUUAUAUAUGAUGCAGUUUCGGUUGAAUAAACAGGAUGUUUUUGAGUCCAUAUGUAAACUCUAAUAAAGGAAUGGCACAUUUUUUAUUCAA